AUGAACGAACAAGCCCCCAGAAUCAAUGCCCCUCUUCUAGAACGAUUCCAGGGCCGCGUUGUACGCAUAGUCGGAAAGGUCCUCGAGCUCCAUGGCGAAACUGCUACAAUCGAUUCCCACGGCACCAUGAUUGCUCACCUCGACCGGGAUAGUCACCUUGCGGUCGGACAUGCUGCGGAGCUUGUUGGGAAGAUCCAGCAGGACCUGUCGGUCAAGGUGCUGAAUUCCAUAGAUUUCGGGACGAAUAUUGAUUUCAAUGUUUAUGACUCGUUGGUGGAGGUGAAUCAUAUGUAUAAGGAGAUCUUUUACGAUAGUUAG